CUUGGUUUUCUCUCCCCAUCAUUACAGUCACUCAGAGGCACGGCUCGGGCUGAGGAAACGAACGUGUGCGUCUAUAUUUAGAAGCAGGGAAGGAGGGCACACUAAAAGUGAGCUGGAGAGAAAAGGAGAGAGCGAGAGGGAGUAAGGGAAGAGGAGGAAGAGAUAAACCUCUGCUUCAGCCUCGCCUCUGCUCAGAGACAGUGGAUGCCAGAGAGCAGCAUCGUUGGGACGAAAACACAGGAUACUAAACAACAAACUGCCUGAUUCAGGUUUAGGAUCGAGAGAACAAGCGUGAGGCGACGAGACCAAGUGGGCAAAACAACUACCAUCCAUCACCAGCUAUGCGGCCGCGGUCCAGACUGCCGACCAAGAGAAGAAUCCUGCUGCCCACAAUCAGGGAGGGCACUGAGGAGACAGCGAAGGACUGGAACGAAGUCAGCACGUUCCAGUUGGGCGAUAACAGCCAAGGGAUUUCAUCGGAGGACUACCUUCUCUCCAUCUGCCAUCUGGCUCGCCCCACCUUCCCCUCCAGGGAAGGUUCCCUCGAAAGCCCCGACGCUGUGCAGCAGAGGCUCAGGCCGUCACGGUUCAUCCCUUUAACCUCCUCGGACUUCAACCUCAAACAGGAGCAGGAAGACAGGAAAGGACUGAACGGCCGAUUGAUGCGUUGCAACUCCGACCCGUUGGAGUAUCUUUACGGAGACAAGGACAACCUGUUUGCCCUCUCGGGCAGCGUUAGGAAAGCCUACGUCGGGGGAAGGUCGGGGAGGCAGCAUGGGAGCGACACUCGCGUCAGAGCUUCGAGUCCAGAUUCCCCAUGCCAGCGCAAGAGCAGCUGCCCUGAAAUACUCGCCGAAAUGAACUUUCCAGUUCCAAAUGUUUCUCCGAAGCACAGCUCGUUCAGGUCAGAGGUCAGAAGAGUUUGUCCGGAGGAAGAAAGACUGAAUCCAGCCAUCAGACCAUCCUUCAUCUCCCAGUGGAUGUCAGACUGCAGGUCGGCGUGGAGGGAGGCGCGAGUAGGAGCCUGCAUGCUACCUGCCAUUGCUGAGGUGUAGGGAGGACACGGUGACGUUUGCUAAAAGAUAUGUCACAUCAUGAGAUGGUGAAAAUAUGUAAAAAUGCAGAUUUGGAAACAAACAGAGGCAAUUAUACUGUCUGGAAGGCCUCAUGUUGUGUUAUAUCAACAUUAUUAUUUCAUAAAACAUCCCUCCUACUGUUAAUAUUU